GUCCUUGUGAAGUGCGGAGGCAGGACAUACUGUCUCACUCUCUAACAAGGAGCUCUUUUGAGGAGGGUUGGGAGGAUCAGAGGAGUUAGUACUGCGAUGGCCCCGGCCUCCUUAUUUAAGAAGCAUACAACCUGCCACCGUUCAUCUCGAUAUGCUCCGACCCAUGCGAAAAGCCCAGUCUCGAAAGCCUUUCUCUCUCUGCCAUUGCCGAAAUUCCAAUUCUCCGAGCCUUUUUCACUUGGCCCUCUUUAAGAAGAUCAGAUCCACAAAAUGAAGCUCUCUACCCAGCUUGCGACACUCGCCGUGCUCAUCACAUUGGGUGCAGCUGCCCCAAUCGAUGACAAGCGUAGCGAGUACGAUGUCACUAUGAAGUGCGAUGGGGCCUAUGCCGACCUCGUCGGAAAGCGUGGCGAGUACGAUGUUACGAUGAAGUGCGAUGGGGCCUACGCGGACCUCAUCGACAAGCGUGGAGGAAAGAAACGCGGCGAGUAUGAUGUUACCAUGAAAUGCGAUGGGGCCUAUGCCGACCUCAUCGAGAAGCGCGGCGAGUAUGAUGUUACCAUGAAGUGCGAUGGCGCCUACGCGGACCUGGUGGACGAGGAGUGAAUACGGUGGUGGCUGCCAAGUGCUCUCUGCAGUGCUGAGAGUGAUGAUCAACCAUAGCGAGUAACUUAGCUGUUAGCUCUAGUCAUCCACUGCAUUAUUCACUGCUUUUCAAAACAAUCGCUUUGUAGUCUAGGCCAAU